AUGACAGAGAAUCUGGAAUGUCCGGAUUGCCGGACGCGUUCCGUUGCGUGGCGAUUCACCUGGCGUGGCAUUUUCUACGCGAUUCUGUGCUUCCCCUGCGGGCUUUUCUGCUGUUUCCGGAGACGGGAGCGCCACUGCACGAAAUGUGACUGUGAUGUCGUUAGCGCGCUUCCCGAGACGGUAAUCGAUAAUGGAUACUCUUACCGGGAGUACGGGACAAUAAAGAGGGGCCUACCCCCACGCAGCGCCACCAUCAUAAGCGAAAAGCUGGGGCACCGGAAUCCGGCUUUUACUACGGACAGCAGUCAAACGGAAGAUUCCGGAAUGUCGAGUACGCUAUCAGAAGAUACGGUAGGUAGACGGACGUCGAAGGAUCCGCUUGUU